AUGGUGAACUUGAUCUCACUCACGCUGCCGUUGGCCUUCGCAACCCUCGCAGCGACACGAGUGUGCCAAGACCUCACUGUCGAGGUAUCCAUCACAGCGAGGAACGGCGUCUUCAAUAUCUCGACCCCUGAGAACAACAUCGACGUCACAAACUUCCUAGUCGGAUCUGCAGAACAAGGAAGGAAUGUAUCAGCAGAGCACCUAGUUGGCUACGCAAAUGUCGGAGGUACUUACCAGCUUGCGUCAACGUACUGCAGCCCGAACUCUGGCCCCGGCCGCGUGCUCCAGAUCCUAACCCACGGCAUCGGCUUUGACCGCAGCUACUGGGACUUCCCCGCCAACGGCUACAACUACAGCUACGUCGGCUCAGCUGUGGACGACUACGGCUACUCGACCUUCUCCUGGGACCGUCUCGGCAUCGCCGAGUCCUCGCACGGCGAGCCUAUCAACGAGAUCCAGGGCUUCCUCGAGCUAGCUGCCCUCAAGGCGCUAACGGACAAGCUGCGCGCUGGCACUCUGCCGGGGCUGAGCUGCACGUUCGAUAAGAUCGUCCACGUUGGGCACUCGUUCGGGUCUAUUCACUCGUACGCGCUCACGGCAAUGUACCCAGACAUCUCGGACGGUGUUGUCCUCACGGGCUUUGCGGCAAACACAACCUUCUUCAACAACUUCCUGCUGGGCGGCGCCUUCAUCCAGGCCGGCGGCGUCCCCUCGCUGAGCGACUACGCCCCUGGGUACCUGGCGUCCGCGUACGAGGGUGCUACACACGUUAACUUCUUUGCUCCUGGCAACUUUGACCCCGAGAUCCUGACGGCGGCGUACAAGAGCGGUCAGCCGGUGACGUUCGGCGAGCUGCUGACCAUCGGGGGAGAAGCCGGGUCGCCCAGCACGUUCGCGAAGCCCGUUCUUGUCAUUACCGGUGAGAAGGACCUUCCCUUUUGCGGAGGCAACUGCCUUGCAACUGGCAACCCCCAGCUGCCAUCGAUCCCGGCGGCUGUUGCUGCGGUCCUGAAGAAUGCGACUCCGUUUGAGGCUUACGUCGUACCUGGCGUUGGCCACGGCCUGGCUCUCAGCUACUCUCAUGUCGAGGUGACCAGCAAGAUCCAGGAUUUCCUCGCCCAGAACGGCCUGGGCAACUAG